AUGCCUUUUGAUGAUGGUGGUGAUGGAUUCCAACAAAUCAAGUCUAACCAAGAUGUGGUGGAGAUGUUUUCUAUUUUUGAGCCAUUCAUUGAAGUGAAGGAAAUCCACCUUUACAUUGUUGCAUCAGUUGAUGACUCAGGUAAGAAGAAAACUGUACACGAAGAAAUGGAUGCGUCCUAUGAGGCUUCACCUUUUGAUGAUCACCAGUCAAAUGAUUUGCCUCACACUGAUGAUGAUGACGAUGAUGAUGAAUAUCGUGAGCAGUUAUUUGAUUUUGUUGAAGUUGACUCUGAUUAUGCUCCUAUUGAUGAGUUGGUAAGCCUUUGUAAUUCAUCUGAUGAUGAUGGUGAUACCCAAAGUCCUAUGUACCUGGACUUUAUUCCUUCAAGGGAUUUGGGUGUAAAACCACUACAAGUUGGGUUAAGGUUUGCAUCAGCUGCAGACUUCAGAGAUGCACUGAGAGACCAUGUUGUAAAGGCAAAGUUUGAUAUAAAAUUCAAAAGAAAUGAUGGGGACAAAAUCAGUGCAGUGUGUAAGUAUGAUUGUGGUUGGAGGAUUUAUGCAAGUAAGGCAAGUAAUGAUCAAUGUAUGAUAAUCAAGACAUUUAAAGAUGAACAUAACAAUUGUUUGUGGGUUCACAAAAGUAAGCAAGCCAUAGCAGGAUAUUUAGCAAAUAGGUACUUAGAGCAAAUUAGGUUAAACCCAACCAUCAAUAAUGGGGCUCUUAGAAAGACUAUUGCUGCUAAAUUGGAUAUUGAUGUGUCAAAAUACAAAGUAAGUCGGGCAAAAAGGAGGGCAUUGAAUAUUAUAGAGGGAGAUGAAGCUGAACAAUAUUCUAAGAUGAGGGAAUGUGGUGAAUUAAUCUUAAGGACAAAUCCAGAAAGCAUUGCAAAAUUGUGUACUAAGCCCACUGAUGGUGAUGAGUCAGUCAGAACAUUCCAGAGGAUUUUUAUUUCUUAUGCUGCAAUGAAAAAAGGAUUUACAGAUGGUUGUAGACCAUUUCUGGGAGUUGAUGGGUGCUUUCUAAAGGGACCACAUGGUGGUCAUUUGCUCUCAACUGUGGGCUGUGAUGGAAAUAAUCAAAUGUUCCCUGUUGCUUUUGCAGUUGUAGAAGCUGAAACAAAAUAG